AAUCAAGUGCGAAUUAUGUAUAUAUGUUGAUUUACGUAUGUACUAACUCAACACUGCUCUUCAUCUCUCGUUCGCUCGAAUGAGUAGUACAGUUCAAAUUCGAAGCACACAGCAAUCACGCGUAGCGAUGCGAUCUCCUCGUUCCGUGAAACGACCACACACUAAUCAUCACACGACCAAUGUCAGAAGGAAUAGAGGCAAGCAAGUGAAGAAUUCGCGAUUAAGACAAAAGCAGUGGGCCCAUACACUCGUCUAUAGUCCUGAUGUGGCAGAGAAGCGCCAGUUAUUCACUCAUACCUUAGUUCCGACCAUCAAAGAGGUAAGCGAAGAAGAACGUACUCGUCGUGCGGAAAGGAAGAAAGAGAAAAAGUUGAUUGCCAAGCAAAUUGACGACGAGGCCCGACGAUUGGAGCUGGAAAGGAAAGAGAAAGAGAGGGAAGAACGUAAACGCAAAAUAGAAGAGGAGCAAAGGCUCCAGGAAGAGCUCGAAUAUCAAAAAUGGCAAGAAAUGCAGAAGAAAAAGGAAGAGGAAUUGAGAAGAGCGGAAGUUGAACGUAAAGCUGCUGAAAAAAAGGCUGCAGAGGAGAAGAAGAAAGAUGCUAGUCAAGCAGCCCAACCCGAGCUGAAAAAGGAGAAGGCAAAGAAGGAGAAAAAGGCGGCAGAAGUUGAGAAAACGGUCACCGAUUCUACACCUAGAAUGGAGCACUCUUCACCCACUGGGGCGCCUACCGUUGCAGUUCCAAAAUCGGCUGUCGAGACCGAGAAAAAGAAGAAGAAGAAGGAAAAGGGGCUCACUGGUGAUAAAGUUGAAGAAGCUAGUCGUGACACUGAAGAACAAAAAGAGCACCUUACUGGGAGGAAGCAAAAAGAUCAGGAUGCGAACAAAAGUUCAAAUGAGCACGGCGCUGGAAAAAAGCAGAAGACUGUCGAGGCUGAAGCUGAGGAGGAGGUGUUAAUUUCGAGAAAGCAGCAAGAACCUGACGUUCGUACCAAACAGAAACACGAUGAUGUUAAAAAACCAGAAGUAUUAUCUUCUGAAGAAACUAAGGGACAAGAUGGUGCGAAGAAGCAGAUGGAGUCUAACCCUGAGAAGAUGCAGACGAGACCCAGUCAUGAGUAUAAUGAAAAUCCUAUUCUUGACAGAAUGGACAAAGGAUCCACUGCUAAAAAGACGCAUGAGUCUACAGAGGAGCAGGUCAACGUCGAGGAUCGGUCUGGUGCUGCAGGAGAAAAGCGCUCUCCAGUAGAUGCUCUUCCUGUUAACACACGUGACGACGAAAAGCAUUCGAGGAAUAAAGGUGACAAGAGGAAGAAGUCCAGCGAGAACGAAUCGCCUGUGCUUAAUAACGGACACGACGAAAUGGUUGCUGACGAUGCUCGCGCCGACGAAGGGCAUCAAUACCAUGAUGAUGAACACGUAAAUCAUCAUGAGGUUCAUAUCAAAGAGGGCAAAAAAGGCAAGAAGAACAGAAAGAACGCCAGCGAAUCCACAGAUUUUGCUAACGGACAUGAUGUUAAUGCUGCAAGUGAUGAUGCUGCUCAUAUUGUUGAUUCUGCUCCGGUCAUAGACGCACCGAAUGGAGGAGCUGUGCUGGUGGAUCUCGAUAAGAAAGGAAAAGAGAAAAGACAUGAGGCCGUUUCAUCCGAGCCUUUUCUUCUUGAUCAACCUAACGAAGCUACCGACAAGGUAACGCAUGGUGAACCCUCUCAUGACGAAUCUAACAGGCAUGAUGGAAAUAAGGAAGAUUACACUGGGAAAUCUUCGGCCAUGAAGAAUAAACAGAAAGAGAAGAAAGUCAAGCAGGUAUCACCCGGUGUUGAGAUCACUACGGAAGUAACUGUUGUUACCGAGUCCGUAAUGUCAGAGAAUGACGCUCCAACUGAUCAGGCAUCACCUCCUAUCCAAGUUCAUGAAGUGACAAGCACUGCCAAUGAGAACGGAAUGAAAGAAACAGUACAUACUAUCACCGCCACGCUCGACACCACUUCCUCGACGAGCCCCACACAGUUCGCCCAAAAUGUAGAAAAACUAGUUUCACACACUUUGAAGAAGGCCAAGCACGACAUUGUCGAGAUCGACCCGAAUGUAAAAAUGACGAUCGACGCUCAACUCGUGAAGCUGUCGGAAAGGAAGCCGGAAGUAGCAACUGAACAUAAGAUUCACAUCACCCCUCUUCCUCUUGAACUUCACUACUCAAGGCCCACGACGCCGUCUAGCCGCGAACGUGUAUACAAGUUGCUCCCUCGUGAUAUCAUUUUCUGUUCCGGCUUGAUUGAUGCGCAUGGCGAGGACUACGCUGCUAUGGCCGCUGAUCCCAAAAACAUCUACAAGGAAAAUGCACGAGCGAUUCAGAGGAAGGUUAGAAUAUUCAAGGAGUCUCCUCACUACCAGACGUACCUGCGCGCUAAGGAAGAAGGCAGAUCUGUGGAAGAAGUUUUAGCAGAAGAGGGACAGACGUAAUCUCAUGACAGUUACUAUGCGUACACCGAAAAGAAAAACUCCUGUCGUAUGAUCUUCACUGUCCGUAUCUGUCCCAGAUUACAUAUGAUGCCAAUCGUGAGCAGAACAUUCUUUUUUUUUUCGAGUUGUUGUUUUGAUCUACCCUUCCUCUUUUCUCUCCCUCUCUCUCUUCCAUCACCGUGGGCACAUUCGUAUUUCAUAUAGCUUGCGAGCAUUUUCACUGAAUCUAUCUGCUGACCGUGAUCUUUGUGUCGAGAAAUUCUUUCUUUUGACUUGUUUGCCUCGUUUCCCUCUAGAAAUUAUGUUCGAUCUAUGUAAUUCAUCGCUCAUCACCUUUUCCAGUCCCUAUUGUUUUUGUUUUACGAGUGAAAUUGCUCCGAGAUUAGUCCUGACCGGUGUUGUAGCUCUCCCUUUCUUAUGAACAUUCUAAAUUCUUAGAUCAAACGUUGACUACAUUGGCGAUUUUAUCGGCAGUUGCCUUAGGCUUUUUCGAAGAAAAUCAUUGUUUCAUCCUUCACCUGGCUUGGGCAAAUGAUUUGAGUAAGCUGCAAUCGCUACUUUUAUUUGAGUUGCCCCAUCUUGGAGUGAAUUUCAAAUAAAUGAGGAAUUAUUUGUGGAACGAGGCACUUGUUAUCUUCUUUUGUGUUAUUGUUAUUCUCUGUCGCUUUAUCCGUUAUCAGAUCAGAUUCUAGCACCAUGAGCGCUGAGAGAAUAGAUGUUAUUAGUAAUUUUAUAAUCGCACCAAAUGAAUAUGGGA